UGACUUCCUCCUCCCUCACGAUUUCCGAACUCGACGGCGGCCCAGCCCAUUCCUCAGCGCGCAUGAAACAACUCAGCAGAGGAAAAUAUCACAGGAUGGAUCCCGACUCUCAACCAGCCACGCCAAUUGCGCAAGCCAGCAACUUCCUUCCUACCUCAGCUAGCAACUUCCUUCCUUCAUGUCCUUGGCUCUCCCCUGGCUCUCCUCUGGGUCGAGUAGAAAUCAGUCUCUGCAUAUAUGAUCGCAAGAUGGUCUCAAGAUGUUUUUGAUAUGUUUUUAAGUUGAAGUUGCUAGCGCACUCGUAGUUCGCGAAGCUUAGCUCGCAGGUAGCCCGAGCCCGUCCAACACGUAUCUUGAUUACGCUACUGACAACUAUUUUCCCAGUUGCUUCUCGUAGCAACUAUGGCGUCACUCGGUAGUAGCCGAAGUAGCACUCCCGCCUUAAUCCUCUUCUCCCUCCUCUUUAUUACCCCCGCUACUCACUUCUUCACCAGCAGUAGCUUACACGGCAGCGGCGGCGGCCGUCCUAGUAGUUCCCCCUACCUCUGCCAAGCGGUUAAAAUCUACAAACCGGAUCAGACCAUUCUCCUCUACCUGAAAUCCCGCUGGACCGGCUUUCAAUACGCAGACUCCUGGGUCUCCGGCACCGACUGCUCCACGUGGCAGGGCGUCACCUGCGACGCGAGAUCCGGCGCCGUCACGCGCCUCGACUUCUCCGGCGCGUGGAUCAACGGCACGAUCCCGCCCGCGAUUGGCAAUCUAACGGCCCUCACGAGCCUCGUAUUCUGGGGCAACACGCUCGCGGGGCGCCUCCCGUCGUCCAUCGGCCUCCUAACCCGCCUCCAGGAGCUUCGCAUCGGCGACAACGGUCCCGGCAUGAGCGGGGGAAUACCGAACACGCUCUCGCGUUUGACGAACCUUUUUUACUUGGACCUGUCGCGGAACCGUUUCGCGGGCCCAAUUCCGGCGUUUAUUCUCGGCGGUACGAUGAAGAAAUUGGACACGUUGGAUCUAUCUGGAAAUCGCCUCACGGGACGCAUUCCCGGGGCGAAGCUCGGCGCGCUUUCCGUUUUGAAGACUCUCGGUCUCUCGGACAACCGACUAAGCGGUAUCAUUCCGACGGAGAUCGGCAGGCUGACGGCGCUGACGUACCUGAUGAUUGUGAAUAACCGGCUGGAAGGGCCGCUGCCGUCAAGUCUGGCUUCGUGUACCGGUCUGGUGAGGCUGACGGCUGGGGGUAACCGUUUGGGGGGUCCCCUUCCCACGGGUAUGCUGCUGCGGCUAACGAAACUGGAAGGCAUUUCGCUCAACCGUAACGGCUUCGUCGUUACUUCGCUGGCGCCACUCGCGAACCACCCGAAGCUGAAAGACAUCGACCUGAGCCAGAACAGGGUCGCUCGGCGAAUCCUCGCGACCCUCGGGCAGAUGAAAAAUAUUCAGAGCCUGAAUCUGGCGAGAAACAGGCUGACCGGAUCCGUUCCCGCGUUUCUGCUAGCCAAUCAGCCGAAGCUGUAUGGACUGGACUUGUCUUUCAACAGGCUCUCUGGAAAUUUUCCCUGGGCAGCGGUUCGAGGAGCUCCUGAAUUAGCAUGGCUCAACAUUCAGCACAACUUGUUUUCGGGCAGAAUGCCAGAAAUUUCGUUCACGGGGCAGCGCAUGCAGGUCCUAAACAUGUCGAACAAUUUCUUCUCGGGAAGUUUGCCGAAUUUCGGCAAUCCAGAAGGGGAGUACAACCUCGACGUUCGUGACAACUUCUUUUCGAGUAGACCGGAAAUACGCGCGUGGGGAAAACGAGUUUGCCCGAUCGAGGGGCAGACGGCUAAGCCUCCCGACGACGAAACGGUGUUCCUCACUGUCGCGCGUAACUGCCUUUCGCAGGUGCCUGGUUGCAAGGUUACAUCGCAGCGCAAGCCCGCUUCGUGUGCCGCUUUCUGCGGCGCGAAUGGCAAGUCCGGCGCGUGCGGAGGCCAUGGCACGUGUGUGCCCAAGGCGGUGGGGGGGAAGGCUACGUUUGCGUGCGUGUGCGACAAGGGCUUCGCGCUGAAGCCCGGAAACGCGUUUGCCUGCCUUUGAGUCGACUCAAAAGAACAGCGCGUGUGUGCCUAAGGCAGUGGGUAGGAAAGGCUAACUGGCGGUUUUCCUGCGCGUGUGACAAGGGCUGCGCUUUGGAGCCAGGAAACGCGUUUGCGUGUGAAUCGGCAGCAUCAGACGAAAGGUUGGAGGGGUGAAAGGAUAGCUGACAGCGCAAGGGGAGAAGGGGAGCGGGCGGGGGGGGAGGGGGGGAGGUUGAGAGGAGAAGGUUGGGCCAGGGAAUUUGAAGAAUGGGGGGGGUUGAAGCUGUCAGCAGAAGCAGCAAGGGAAGGCGGCACACCGUGUACAACCUCCAGCAUUUGUAUAUAUGGGAACCCUUCUCGUUACUCUACUUGUAGUGAGGUCAUGCAGGUGCAAGUAAGCUGCAUUCUGUAGGCUUUUAGUAUGAUGACUACAGUACAUAAUGUGAUGAGAUGUGAAGUCAGCCCCUUCUCUCAUCUUGGGGUGAAGAUGUUUUUGGGACCGAAAGCACUAUCACUCAGAUGUCAGCUGACAUGAGUUGGUGCUCAACCAGGAUACCUACUUGCAGAGCGUUGUUUAGUGUGCUAGCAUACUUCCCUAUAUGUAUCUGAUGUAGCAUUAUU